AUGCAUAGUAACCGACACUUUCGCUCCAAAGAGGCAGUGCCCCCUCUUACAAAUCAAGUUGGUAAUAAUUACAUGCAUAUUCCAGUCGCAUCUUCAUUUGCUCCAGUUCAGCCUCCGGCUGUAAAGCCCUUGAUGCCUGUGCAUGGAAUUGAGUUUCAACCUUCUGAGAUUUGUCCAAAGAAUUUCAUUAUUUUUGAUCAGACUGAUCACCGAAGCCAGGUUAUGUACAAUCCUGCUGUUGCCCACAAAUUUAGUGAUCCUGGCUUUAACAUCCAUGCAACUUACAUCCAAGAGAAUUUUGAAAGAAAAGACACCUACAAUGUUGAAAGAGAAAUAUCAUCUUCUCUGAAGGAGGAUUCAGAUGAUAUUGAUGCAUUAUUGAGUUUGGAAGAGGAAGAACCAGAAGACUGGGACGAGGAAGAGAUCAGCACUGCACGCACUUAUGGAAAUUGUGGAAGCAACUCCCCUGAUUCUUACUCCAGUUAUGGUUCAAAACCCAUGAAAAAUGGAUCUUCUGUUCAGAAGUGCUCUAGCAGUGGUAGCAGCUGCCACAGUGAGAGGAAACGGCAGAAAAUGAAGAAAACGGUGAAGACAUUGAGAGGUAUUGUACCUGGUGGUGAUCAAAUGAAUACCGCUACUGUUCUAGAUGAAGCUGUCAGGUACCUUAAAUCUCUCAAAGUUGAAGUGCAAAAGCAUGGAGUUUCCAAUUUCAAGAACUAA